ACUUUUUUUAAAGUUAUGGUUUGCAAUAAAAUUUUCUAUUAUUACUUGAUGGAUAGGCUUAUCAAAGCGUCUUGUAGUAAUGAUGAAAAUAUAUAAGUGUAAAAAAACAUAACCUGAGAAGGCUAUGUUUUGAGGCUAUAUGAGAAGGUUAAGAAAAUGUUUUUAUUGUAUUUUCCCAAAUUAUAAAAUGUAAAUUCAGUAAAAUUCAAUGACAGACUCAAAAGAGGCAGAGAUGAAUUUUGGAUACACGUCUUCUCACCUGGGCUUGUUAUCCUGCAAUGCUCAUAUUUGUCCCAGGUCAUUGGAUAGCUCUGCUCUGAUGAGACAAGCCUAGGAGUGAAGUGUCAAGCCCAGUAAUGCACAUGUUUAUAACUGAUUCCCAAAUUUGUGGGUAAGUAGGAUUUGUUCAAGAUCUGAGUUUACUCUGAAAAUUUGGAUUAAGUUCAAUGGAAAGAAAACCAUACAAGAAAUAAUGAUUACUGAUAAAAAGAAAAUACACAGUUCAUUUAUAUAACACUUGGCAAUUUAUAAAUCACUUUCUCAAUCAUCUUCUGAACUGAAUGUGUUUCUUUACAAAGUUAAGAAAGUUGCAGUAUUUAGAAGUCAAAACAUUUCAAAACACUUAAAGAUUUACAGUUAACAUGAUUAAUAGGUACUGCAGUGGGAAAAUAUUUAUUCAUGCCCAUUUUAGUUCAUCGUCGAUACCAUUCACAGAGGGGAGAAAGUAAGAACUGUUGGAAUGACAGCCUAAUAUUGGAGUGCAUGAAACUGGAAGAAUCCUUCUAACCACCCAUUUACUUAGCCUUUUUCCAUGUAUUUGAUUUUUGAAUGUGGAAGGGUCAAGCAUGAAUUGGCAGGGAGAGGGAAGGAAUUUGGAAAGAUUACAGGAGGGAAGCAAGAAGUUACUGAUGGAGUACUUGGUGUGUAUUCUGAAGAUGGGGCUUAAGAAAAAGGUUUGUCGCCUGUGGGCAUCCACCUCCUUGGCGAGCACAGUGGGAAGCUGGCCUGAUGGCAGCCAGAACUUAUUUCUCACCUCCCACCAGCAACCCCCCACCCAACUCUGGGCCCCAGGCACAUGAAGCACAAGUCUCAGGGGACCAUUCCCACAUUAGGGGAUCCCGAGGGAGCCCAUUACCGCCUCUUGCAUACAACUGUCCACUAGGAGGCACACGCCCAGUGUGGGAGAGGAGUGGUCUUGCCUUCAUCCCUGUAAAAACUGUACAUAUGCAAGUCAUUUGCACUCUGGAACUGCAUGCCGUGAAAACUCCUAACAGUGUGGAACUUAGUUUGAAUUUGAAAUCACGUCACAUGCACAAAGGGACAGACCCGGGACCGCCCUCAGUUCAUCCACCUGCUGGCUGCAGAGCAUCCCCGGGACCCAUGAAGAGGCCUGUGGAGCCUGAGCUUUGUGUAGCUCGUGCACUUAUUAUUCACCACCUCCCUUUAGUCACCACUCCUCUUCCUCCGCCAUCCUCAUUUAUGCCGAUUGCACACCCCCCGAGCAAACAACAAUGUCCUUAUGAACAUCUCGUAGUGAUAGAUUCCAUUCCUAUUUAAGGUAAGCCCAAAGCCCACUUUGGGAUUUUCUCUGCUGUCUGAGAAAAGUGUAAGCACCUGUGUCCUUCUGGGUUUAGCUGGAUAGGGUUGUGUCCCUCUAUGGAAUAGAGAGUGAUGUGGGCAAGGGUGUCAUUAUCUUGCACAAUAAAACUCACCGAGGAUGCUUCUGUGGAAGUGAGAAACACGAUGACUACAUUCAGAAUUACAAUAACUCACUCUCACUGGGUAACUUCUCAUGAUAGAUUUGUAUGAUCAAUACGCGUCUAUUUUUAUGUCAACGGAACACUGUAGAGUACCUUCCAAUCUUUUUCAAGAUUGUUAAAUUGAGACAAGUAAUUGAAUAAUUUGUCCUAUUUUUAUUUUUAAAGAAGUGAAUGGGCUGAAAUGUUAAAUGUGAAUGUACAUUUCUUAAUUGCAACUUUUCUACUGAGUGUUGGCACUACACUUUCUGGAAUGCUAUUUAACAAAAAUAAAGGGAAAAAUUGC